AUAACUUCUCCUUUUCCCGAUCUCUCCGUGAAGGAAAAUGUCCUCCGCGGGAGUAGCCGUCGCGGACGGCAGUUCACAGAUAUACUUCUGCCACCAAUGCGAGCGCACGGUCAGCAUCACCCCCUCCCCCAAUGGCGAUCCUCUUUGCCCCUCAUGCCUCUCCGGCUUCGUUGAAGAAUACCAAAACCCUAACCCAGUCAUACCAGACCCGUUUUCUUCGGACACCCUCUCCACAUUCCUUAGCCACUUCCUGUUACCUUCUGCUUCAACCAGCGUUUCCCCGCAAAACCCUGGAGGCGACACGGACCGAGAAUCUCUAUUUGGGUUUGGCCCCGAUGACCGUCAGUCAACAAUCGGUUCGGACGAUUUUGACCCUUUUGCAUAUCUGAUGAGCGUUCUGGCAUCACAACGGGCCAGUGGGGUCAACUACCAGUUCUUGGUGGGGAACCAACCGUCAGGGUUUUCGCUGCCGGUUGACAUGGGAGAUUAUUUUAUGGGGCCGGGCUUCGAGCAGUUGAUCCAGCAGUUAGCCGAAAAUGAUCCAAAUAGAUAUGGGACCCCUCCAGCCUCCAAGUCGGCUGUUGAGGCCCUCCCUAGCCUUAAAGUAGAAGAGACUUUACUGAAAUCGGAGCUGGCACAAUGUGCUGUAUGUAAGGAUGACUUUGAGUUGGGAACAGAGGUGAAGCAGAUGCCUUGCAAGCAUGUCUACCACAAUGACUGCAUUCUGCCGUGGCUUGAGUUACAUAACUCAUGCCCCGUGUGUCGCCAUGAGCUUCCAACAGAUGAUCCAGACUAUGAGAGAAGGGCCACAGCCUGGGGUAUUUCUGGUAGUUCCAGUGGAAGUGGAUCAUCACAGGACAAUGGUGCUAAUAACAGUAAUGAUAAUUCUGGUGGGGAUCCUCAGGGACGAAGGAUAGUCGAGAGGAGGUUUACCAUAACAUUGCCAGGGCCAUUGGGGGAGUUUGGAUCAGGAUCUGGGUUGAGUGAUGGGGGUUCAGAGCAAAACCGAGAACCUAAUUAAAUGCAGUUCAGCUUGUGCGGUGGCAGAGUUUUACAAGAGCCUUCCUCAACUGAUGAAGCAGCUUGUCACAGUCAGAGAUAGGUUUUACAUGCAUGUGAAGAUAUGGACAAUACAUCUUAAGGUUUAGGUCGGGGCAGUUACUAUAACGAGUUGGAAGUUUGGUCUUGAACAUGUAUUUGUUGCUUAUCUGUACGAGCUCUGCCAAUAUGGCUAGUCAACCUGCUCAUAGCAAAUUGCACUUACACUGUUUAUUUUUUUUAAUUUUAUUUUUUGUAACAUAAUUGUGCAUGGAAUCGAAGUACUUUUCUUGGAGCUAUUUGCAUAAUUUUCGUUUUCUGGUUGUUUAUCUUCCA